ACCUCAAACGCGCAACACAAAAACCUAAAAAUGAAAUUCCUGAUCGUCUUCGUUGCGCUCUUCGCCGUCGCCCUGGCCGCACCCGCUGAUUCUGAUGCACAAACUCUGCGCAGCGAAGCCGAUGUUGGACCCGAAUCAUUCAACUACGAAUUCGAGACAUCCAAUGGCAUUAAGGAAAAUGCAGCAGGUCAGCUGAAGAACAUUGGCUCAGAAAAUGAGGCUAUUUCCGUCCAGGGCUCAUACUCCUUCGUUGCCGAUGAUGGUCAGACCUACCUGGUCAACUACGUCGCCGAUGAGAACGGUUUCCAGCCCCAGGGCGCUCAUCUGCCCGUCGCCCCCGUUGCCUAA